AACUAUUCACUGAAAGAACACAUUGGGCAGCAAUGGAAACAACAAGCAACUAUGCUGUCAGUAUAAAAUAGAACUAUUUUUAUGAGAUGUACAAUAUGCAUUGUGCUGAAUAUCAUAGCUGCAGAAGAAGUACAGUAGCAGGGAAGUGAGGAGCAAAUGUAAUUGUUCAAUAGAAUUAUGGUUAUUGUCCAAUAGCACAGUAACAUAAUUAGGAAGAAGGCAUGCUGACAUAAAAGCACUCCCUAUUCCAAUAGUUAUUUUGAUAAAAAGCCAUCACCAGAAUUUUAUAAUUCUCUUCGAUAUAGUUGGUGUGAUUCACAGUAAGUGACAGCAUACAUUUCAAGAAUCAAGAGGCUCAAAUUCUCUAAACCAGGAGAACUAUGGAAAAAUGAUGUAUUAUCUAUUUAAUUAUGAGAAAUAUAUUAGUCCAAAUCAACAUAUAUGUAGAAAAUAAAAAACAAUAUGAAAGAAUUACGGAAAUACGUACUAAUGUAGUUAUCAUAUAUAAUACAAUGAGAAAAGAAGACCAUAGUCAAAUGCUUUAUUAUUGAGCAAAAAUGAUGGUAUUAUUUUUAUCAUCUUUUAGAGGAAUCUAUCUAAAUAUAGUUAAUCAGCCCGUGUUAGUAGAAGCAUGUAUCGUCAUGCAUCAACAUAUCAUGAGAUUAUUAGUUAUAGCUAAGUACACCGGCGUAAUCAUACUUAGCAUAUCACGAGACUAUCGGGUAAUGGACAAUUAUCUUUAAUUGUGCUAGAGAAAAAAUAUCAUACUUAGCAUAUCACGAGACUAUCAGGUAAUGGACAAUUAUCUUUAAUUGUGCUAGAAAAAAAAAAGUACUCCCUUCGUCCCAUAAAAAACCAACUUAGGACUGGAUGUGACACAUCCUAGUAAAACGAAUCUAGACAUGCAUAUGUUCAGAUUUGUUGUACUAGAAUGUGCCACACUAGUUCUACAUUCGUUUUUUUGGAACAAAAGGAGUAAAUUACAAUCCAUACUAUGUAUUCUAAAAAAUUCUUACAAAUUUUCAUAUAAUGUUAUCCUUUAACCAUUUUCAUUUACACAAUAGCUAACUUUACAUUUUAAUUUGGACCACCAUAUUUUAUCCAUCUCCAAGUCCGGUGACUCAGUAAUCACGUCGCACAUUAACUCUCUCUCUCUCUCUCUCUCUCUCCAUUUUCUUCUUUCAUCUGACAGUUGGAUAACCGAUAGAUCUAGCAAGAAAGAGCCCGGAUAUAGCGCCUUCGCUCUUCGUCGGGUCAGCUCCUGCCUUCCAAAGUCCCUGCAAGCCCGACAUCUCCGACCUCAAUUGCAACCAUAACAAUAGUGUGCAUCAUGAUAGGGGAGGAGAAAAAGACUUGUCGGUUACUAGAGGUUAAGGCUGUGCAUGUAAGGCAAAGGGGAGGAACGAUGGUGGCUCAUGGAGAAAGAGCGGUGAUGGCGGUGCGUAGAGUGACAGUUAGCAGUUGCAGGUGGUAUGAGGAAUUUGUCGUCGACACAAUCUUUUAAUUUUUUUCCUAAGUAUUGAUGAUACGUGGGUCACCAGUUAUAUAAAGAAAUAGCUUUUAAAAUAUUAGCUUGCCCUAAAAUAAAUGUCAAAACUUUUGACCGUCCGUCUUUGAAAAGUUUAUGAAAAAAUUAAAAUAAAUUAGUCACACGUAAAAUAUUAUUCAUGUUUUAUCAUCUAAUAACAAUAAAAAUACUAAUCAUAAAAAAUUUUAAAUAAAAAAAAAGUUAAACGCCGGACGUAAACCGUAAUAAAAAACUACACUUAAUUAGGGACGGAUGGAGCGGUAAAUAAAAAUAUGGAGAUAAGGUUGGAGUAUCGCUACUUGAGAUAAAGAAAAAGAAACCUCUCGUUGUCUCCUCCGCUCCUUGCCUCCUUGCGCCGCCGCCAAGACGAGUGGCGGCUGAACAAGGGAGGGCCGGGCGGCGAUCUCCAUCGCAGCGGAGGGGAGGGGAUCCUGUUUGGGGGUUCAACUGAACCCCCAUGUCCCAAGUUGGAUCCGCCCCUGUGUCGAGGUCUUGGUGGUGGUGGGUACCAUUUCAGAAUCAAACCUCAUUUCCCAUGCAUAAAGUAGUAUGUAUAGUGUGUUUACUUAAUUUUAGGAGAGAAAUAGAAUGCUCCAUUCACACAUACUAGCACUCAUUUUGUCAUCAGUAAUGGAGAUGUCAUCACUACUACUCCCCAUGCCAUGCAAAAUAAAUAUCCAUAUUACCGUUUCAUUGCCCACAUUAUGAUCUUUAAUUCGGAAAUAAUAAGGCAUUGCAGCGAGAAAUCCAUGGCAUGGGGAGGUCUCUUCUUGAGCUUCAGCCGUCCCUCACAGGACCAACAGAAGUCAUGCCUUUCAGCUGCUGGUGGUUUCAACUAUGAUGCGCCUCUCCAUGGUGCCUCAAGACCAAAAUCAGUAGCUAAAUUGACUGCGGGAGAUACUGAAGCAAGUGACAAAGCGCUUGUCGAGCGCGGCUUCUUCGUGAACCGUUCACGUGUUCUGGUUGGCUCUGGCACUACCACCUUCAACCAUGCCAAAUCCGCGCUUCUCUCCUGGAAGCAUUUGGCACUAGGCUGGGCAAAUGUGGAACCCGACACACCGGUGAAGGCUGGAACAAGGUUCUGCAUUUGUUACAAGGAGCUGAUCCCUUGGGUCAUGUUGCCCCUCCAGAUUGCCUAUGUGACCGAUGGCAAUGGAGGCAACUCCUCAGGCCAUGGAAAAGGCUGCGUUUUUGCUUAUGGUAGCGGCACUCUACAAGGCCAUCUGCUGGCAGGGGAGGAGAGGUUCUCGGUGCAGCUGGACGAAGACGAUCAGGUGUGGUACGAGGUGAUGUCCUUCUCGAAGCCAGCACACAUCCUGUCCAGCCUCUGCUACCCGUACGUGCAGCUGAGGCAGAAGCAUUUCGCGCAUCAGUCAGGGCAGGCACUGCUCAGGCAUGUUGCCAGCCGCUCCAGGGACACACGGUGAUCGACUUCGUCUGCAGAUUUGAUCUUUUCUUCAGGAGUAGUCUUCGCAUGUUGUGAGUGAGCCUGCUUGUAUGUUCCUGUAUCUAUGUCCGAAUCUGCUCCUGAGAGCAUUAUUAGUUUGUAGUUUGAAUUUUUGAGCUCAGGGUAAUUAUUUAGCAUUUGUGCUUUGUUGUUAAGUUUUAGAUCAAAUUGAGGUGUUAUGGUGAUGUAAAUUCAGAUUUCCAUGGUUUGUUACUAAAUCAAAAGGAAGAAUGAAAGAUAAGCACAAGAGGAACCCCACAGUUCCACGGAACAGGUAGAAGAGACGUCUUGCACCAGGCAAACGCCCCUUGUUUAUAGUGAUGAGAGUAUGGAUUAUCUGUUUGUCCCCUUUACCAUGGUAGUAGAGUACUCAAUGGAUUAGCAACUUUUUCCA